UAGGUUAUACGCGACGCGCGCGGGCUGUUGUGCGAUCGCGCGAUUCACCGCGGACUACACGGCGGGUACAGGGCUAUAGCGGUGCGGAGGAGAAGGAGGACUGAAUUGGCAAAAUAGAUCGGCACCGAACACGGUAACAGGAGUACUUAUAACAUUAUUAUUAUUGUACAUAUAUAUCGGACCGUAAGAUUAUUGACAAUACGGCCCGAGCGGAUCUAUCGCGUCCUCGUAUUAAACGCGACGCAACGACAAAAACGAUAUUAUAUUUAUCAUAUAUCUCCGACGCGCGCACAUUCUUCCGCAUACCAUAUUAUUAUAGUACAACGAUAUUAUAGUGGCACUUCCGCAGCGUGGUGUACAAUAAUAAUCAUAUUAUAUUAUACUACACGUCAUGUGCGCGUGACGAUCGUGACGACACGACAACGGACAUCGUACGGCAGCGGGCGUACAUAGAUCGUUGGGUCGCUGGAUCGCGGUGAAUCGUCGUCGUCGUCUUCGCCGUCGUCGAGAUGCAACCGCCUCCCAGGAAGGGAAAUUACGUAAAAUUUUUAAAAAAUCUUCACUCGGAACAAAUAGCAAAAUUACUUUUAAAAAACCAAAACGAAUGUGAUCUGUUGGAAGACAUAAGGAGUUUUUUGAUCAAAAAAUCUUCUAUAGAGAAAUCAUAUUCAGAUGCAUUACUUAAAAUAUCUGUUGCUUUUUUGAACAAGAAAAUUGCUAAUAUACCGGACAUAAAGACUGAAGGUAGUGAAGAAAAAUGGAAUAUGUGGAAUGUAUGGCGAACAGUUCUCGAAGAAAACGAAACAGCUGCAAAAGCACGAUUAGAAGCUAUUGAAGUUUUACAAAACCAAAUAAAUGAUGAGGCGAAAGCUCUUCGGGCGCAUAAACUUCAGAUUGCAAAAAAAUGUACAGAUCAUUUAGCAUUGGUACAAAAAGAACUUCAUUCUUCCGUUCAAGACGUAGAUAAGACAAAAAAGUUUUAUUUCGAUGAAGAACAGAGUGCUCAUGAAGUGAGAGACAAGGCUAAGGAUAUAGAAGAAAAGUUAAAGAAAAAAAAAGGCUCGUUCUUCCAGUCAAUCACUUCUUUACAAAAAAAUAGUGUAAAAGUGUCUUCCAGAAGAGAAGUUUUGGAAGAAAAAUCUUCAGGAGCUAGAAACGAUUAUUUACUGAGUCUAGCUGCUGCAAAUGCUCAUCAGACACGGUAUUUUUUGGUUGAUCUUCAAAAUGUAAUGAAUACUAUGGAACACAAUGUUUAUGAAAAAGUACAAGAAUAUUUGGCAUUAAUGAGUAAAAUUGAGCUUCUUACGUGUACUGUCGUUCAUAAUUCGUUUAAAAAAGUCAGAGACCAAGCUCAACAAUUAAGUCGAGAGUACAACAUGCAAUGCGUAUACCUUUUCUACCCCGUGUUGAAGCAACAUGUUCAAUACCAAUUCGAACCUUGUGACGGAGACAGUAUAGAUCACAUCACAGCGGAUCACGGUGGAGUAGUGACUAUACUUAGUCAAGAAGCAAAAAGGUGGGCCACACGAAUAAUUAGGGAGACAAAUAACAUAAAAGAAAACACUAGAAAACUACAGGUUUUCCAAGCUCUCAGAGAUUCUGGACAAAAGAACGACCCAAAUGAUCCAAAUGGACCUGAUUUGGAAACUAAAAUAGAAUCUUUGAAAAACAGCAUUCGAAGAUCUGAAAUAGCCAAAGCUAAAGCUGAAUCUCGUAUUGAGUGUUUGAAAAAUGGAGAUGGAAAUGUUAAUGUAGAAGAAUGGUUAGCAGACAUGGGUGAUAUAAAUGCCGAACUUCAACGAUCAAAUAGUACAUCUUCAUUACCAAUUGAUGGAGGUACAACUAGUGCUAUGACAUCUGACUAUGAUAGUGAGGAUUACGGAGACGGACCUUCUGACAGUCCAAUACCAACCGAUCAACCACAGCCAUCAUCUCAAGAUGAAGAAGAUCGGCCAGAUUCGGCGGAAAUUGAUAAAGAUUGGGCUCUUGUGGAAAAAGAACGUCAACGUAUUGAACAAUUAACAGCUGGUUGGGACGAUCCAACUCAGGUAAAUUGGGAAGAAACACGUGACACUGAAGAAAAAACGAUGUAUCCUCAAACUGCUCCAGAAGAACCUGAAGGCCCUGUUUACAAAUGUACUGCGUUAUACAGCUAUACUGCUCAACAUCCUGAUGAGUUAAGUAUCGUUGAAAAUGAGCAACUUGAAGUAUUUAGCGUAGACAGUGAUAAUUACGGUUGGUCAAAGGCAAGAAAUUACAAAGGUGAAGUAGGGUAUGUACCAUCUAAUUAUUUGGAUAUCGAACAAGAAACGUGUGAUCCAGAAACACACGACACCCCUACUACCUACCAACUUAGAUCGCAGAUUAGCUUCUCUUCAGUGGACUAUAUGGUUAACGAUGAGGCAACAAAUCAAUCACAGCACUGUCAGUCUGACGAAGACGCCGAAGCUGAAGAACAGUCAUCAGAAAAAAGCAUUACUACAGUGUGGGAAAAGAAAGACGGAGGCAUCAUAGAAAUACCAUCAUAUUGUAUAGCCCUAUUUGAUUAUGACGGAAACGAUCCUGAAGAAUUGGGUAUGAAAGAAGGCCAAAUUAUCAAAGUAGUUGACAAGACUACACAUGUGGAUGACGGGUGGUGGGUAGGUGAGUUGGGUAGCAUGAUGGGACAUUUUCCGUCAUGCCUAGUAAAAGAAUGUUACGAGAACGGUGAACUAAUACCCACACCAACAUCUGAAAACGGAGAUAGUGAUUUUUCGAAUGAAGAUCAUCCCGAAUUUGUUACAAGUGGUCCACCACCGCCACCACCACCAGUAUUUACACCACCCGAAUUAUCAACACAUUUGUUCCCGACUCAAGUGAUUGUCACUCAACCAACGCCAAUUGGUGAUCAUGGCCCUCCUGGAAGUUUUACUCCAGAAGUACCACCCAAAUCGAAUGAAUUUUCAAUGGUGAUAACUCAAAAUCAACAAGAACAGUAUGAUACGCAGUUUACGGAGGAAUCUUCUGUCACAGUAUCAGUAAACGCGCCUGGUGUACCACAACUGUUUAUAGAAAACAAGGACGACGGUUCUGAACCUCCCGAUGUUCCCCCGCCACCAGCACCUGUACCUGCGUCCGAAGGGCUAGGCGUCGCUCAAAUCGUCAUCACUGCCGCCACGCCAAUGAUGGAAGAACCGGAAAAGCCGUUCGGUCAAGAAUCGGAAAUGGUCAAGACCGAAACUGAACACCCUAGCGAGGAAGUCCAAUCGGAAUCGAAAUCGGAAGAGGAGCACCGUAUGAGCGUGGACAGUGAUUACUUCCCGGCCACAAUAUUGGAAGAAUCUGAAGACGAUUUGAAGUUGCUCGAGACCGAUCACCAUGCCGACACUGGCUUGCCGUCUGAGCUCGAACCCAAACAGCUGGCCAAACUUCACGAUCUUAAAGAGUCGAACGCUUAGAUAGAUUUUUUCAUCGUCUUAUUACUUCUUUUUCAAGGUCGACUAUACAUAUUAUUUUUAAGGUUCUACCUAUUAUAUAUUAAGACUCAGUGUUCUUGUUUAUGUCGUUAUCGAUGAGUAGAUAACUAAACCUAUAACACUGGCUAUAUAAUAUAAUAUAUAAACUAAAUGCUUACGAUAUAAUAUACAUAUAAAUAUAUAUAUUAUAUAUAGAACAUAUAAAGCGAAAUUUAUGUGAUUGUAUGUUAACCAUUUCUGUUUUAGUAGUAAAAUGUUAAUCAUAAUUCAUCAAUAAUAUUUCUUUGACACACGUAUAUCUUAUUAUAAGUAUAUAUAUUCAAUAUCAGAAGCACGUUUAAAGAAAAAAAUAAUGAUUAAUUUGUUCAUAGUUUAAUUCUUCUUGUUAAGUAUUAUUUUCGAUAGGGUAGAAAAUAAUUACUAUAAAUCUAAUAGUUUCUAUAAGUGACAAAUUAUUAUACUAUUAUGUGACAUUUAAAUAUUAAUAAAAAUGUAUUUUAUAUUCUCAGUUUAUGUGUACCAAGAUUGAUUCACUCCAAAGAAUAAGGAUUGUACUUUUGUCGCAUUAAUCCAUAACUGAAACAUAAGUAGCUUGACUUGGUAGUUGGUCUUUCAAUAAUAAACAAAUUAUCUAGGUAAUUAUUGUGAACCUAUUUUGAUCUUUAGUAUAAGUGUAAAUCUAUAAUGUUAUUCUAAAAUAAUUGUGAAAAUUACAUUUUUUUAUCAAUAGUCUGUUUACAGUAUUUAAUUAGUUAUAAUAAUGGUUAUUUAAGACAUAAUAUACUACGAUAAAGUCAAUUGCAAUUUUGCGUCGAUAAUAGUAAUUAAUUGACAAUUAACGAAGAAUGCAUUUAAGUGUAUCUAAUGUUACAUAAUUAAUGAUUUAUAUGCUUAUUUUCUGCAAUAUUUUAACAAAAGUAUUCAAUAUAGAUCGUGAAAAGUA